GUCCCCACCCUCUUUCCAGCUUGUUGCUCCCCUCUCUCCCGUAUGUUGGCUGAUCAGUAAAUGCUUGGACUGAGAAGAGAAAAGAAACUGACUCAACAGACAAAGACCAAUAGUAAAAAGUUUUGUGAAGGAUGUCAUCUAUAAACCAAGAAGAAGAGGAGCUACCUGCAAAUCACACAGGCCCAAAAGGUGUAAUUAAUGACUGGCGGAGAUACAAGUUGGACAGUGUGGAUCAGACUGUCCCACAAAAAAAGAGAGAACUGCUGAGACAGAUGUCUAAUCCUCGAGACGAUGACAAGGAGAGGCAGAACAGAAAGAUGAGUGCUCAGGAGUACGAGCUGAUCCAAGAGGAGGACGAGCGUUGCCUGAAGCGCUACAGAAAACAGUGCAUGCAAGAAAUGCAUGAGCGCCUGAGUUUUGGUCCCAAGUUUGAAUGCGUUCAUGAGCUGGAGAGUGGAGAAGCCUUUCUGGAGGUGAUAGAGAAGGAACACCGCUUGACCCUUGUGGUGGUCCACAUCUAUCAGCAUGGUGUCAAAGGCUGUGAGCAGAUGAACUCCUGUCUGGACUGUCUGGCUGCCGAGUACCCCACUGUGAAGUUUUGUCGCAUUGAUGCCGUGGCAACAGGUGCUGCAGAGCGCUUCUCUUCUGAGGUUCUGCCUACUCUGCUGGUGUACAAGGCUGGUGAAUUACUGGGGAAUUUUUUGGCUAUCACCAAACACUUUAAUGAAGAGUUCUUUGCAACGGACGUGGAGGGAUUUCUCAAUGAAUACGGCCUCCUAUCUGAAAAGGAGUUCAGUGCGUGUGCUGAUGAUGAAGAUGAUGCAGGGGAAGUGGAAUAGGGGAACACAAAAGGUGAAGGCAAUGAAAGCAGAAAGAGCGAAAACUGGAAAACUGAGAAGAAAAUGGUACAAACGUUCAGGGGGGCCAAAAAUCGCAGCUGGGGAAUAAAGUAUAAAUAUUAUUAUUUUAAACACACAAUAGUAAAUAUCCAGCAGCACAUUGACUGUAUUUAGAAGCAACUAGGUGUAAACAGGAGGGUCUGAAGAAGUCUGUGCUGAAAUACUGCUUGUCAUCAAAUCCUAUCAUUAUGCUACAAUAAAAAAUAUUUUCAGUG